AUGGUUAACUGGACCGCCGAUAAAGACCAGGUCAUUCUCAAGGGAAUUUUCAAAUUCCACGAUAUCAAGAGCAGUGCGCCUCUUCUCAAGUACCUGUCCGAGGACAUCGGCGGUGAUGAGUACACUCCCGCUCUUCAGUACUACUGCACCCCCAAGGCCGUCUCUCACCGUCUCAGCAACAUCCGCAAAGGCGGCACUACUAAUGCCAACGGCGGUGCCGUUGCAUCGCCUACUCGCACCGCUUCCACGCCAAAGACUCCUCGUUCGCGUGCCAAGGCCACCCCGCGUAAGAAGAAGGACGUUUCCGAGGAGGUCGACAGCGAUGGUCCUCAAGGUCUUAUGAAAGAUGACGAUGUCCUCUCACCAGCUGCUGCUCGUGGAAAACGCACGCUCAACGGCAAGCGAAAGCCCACCUAUGAUGAGACAAGCGACAAAGAGGAGGAGGACCUUGAGGUGGAGGAUGUGUAUGUUCCGAUGGCUAAGCGUGUCAAGGAAGAGCCGGUUGAGGACGAGGGCAUCAUCGUCGAAGAGCUCGUUGACGAAGAGGUUUAG